AUGACUCUAAUUGCGCCCGACACGACCUUGCACGCUGCCAGCGAGUGCGACAAUGGGACCACACUUCUGGUAGAGGCAGACAUUCCUGUGGACGCCAGUGGUGCCGCAUUGACGCAAGAUCAAGAAGCUCAAGUGAACGGACAGCCACUUACCCAUUGUAAGGACUUGCAGGGCUCGCGAGAGAGUGCCGGAGCUGUCCCACCGCUUGUUCUCGAGCACAAAAAGCCAAACGCGGCCUGGAAAGUUGGAGGUCUGGCCAUGCUACUCCUUGCCGUCGCGGUCCCGGUUGUUCGAGGUGAUCCGAUGCGUCCCUCAAAAGAGCUUCAAGGUGAUACCUCCAGUGCGGGUGAUUGGAUUGAGCUGCUCCCACAAGACGUCGUGGGUCACAUGGACACUCAAGUGGAUCCGUGCGACGAUCUGUACGCCUUCAGUUGCGGGUCGUGGCUGAAACAAGCAAAAAUCCCUGACGACAAGUCGCACAUGUAUCUGGCUUAUACCCCCAUGUCCAAAGAGGUGGAAAAGGUACUGCAACAAGUGAUGCAACAAGAGUGGCCACUACUCGGCGAGCUGUACGAUUCAUGCAUGAGAUACAGCAACGGGAGCAGCGCAACAGAGAACGCGGCGUCUGUGGCUUUCUUGAAGCCAGUAAUCAAGCAGAUUGCAGCCACGACAAGCAAAAGCGAUUUGUUCGAGCUGGCUGGCAAGCUUUCAAAAGCGGGACCUUCCUUCUUGACGAAAAUCAGUGACAUGGCGGAUGUUACAGAAAAUACCGUGUAUGCAGUGCGCGCGCACCAAGCGGGUCUCUCGCUGCCGGAUUCGGAGUAUUACCUGGAUCUUAAACGGUUUGAAUCGGUCAGAGACCCAUUCCAUGCGUACGUUGUGGAAUUGUUUUCGCUGGUAGGCUGGGAAUCACACGAAGCAGCAUUGCAAGCUUCCUUAGUGAUUGCUUUCGAGCAAAAGCUUGCACCGUUGUUUGUACCGGAAAAUGAGCUACAGGAUCCGGAAACAAGAUACAACCCCAUGAGUGUGGCUCAAGCCGCUGAGAAGUACCCGCUACUGUUUGCACAGUUCAUGCGCGGAACAGGAACACUGAAGGACCUUAAUGCUCGAAACGCUACUGUAGUUGACGAAACACCCGCGUUCUUUAAGCGCGUUGAGGAGCUCGUGACUGGAGAUUCUGUGACGCUCGACACUCUGAAAGCUGUGCUUACGUACCAAUACAUCAGCGACAAGGCAAGCACUCUGAGUGAGCCUUUCGCUCAGGCGUACUUCUUCUUCUUUCAGCAGACGCUCGACGACAAAAAGAGUCGUGAUCCGCGAUGGAAGGUGUGUCUAAAGCAUGUCACCGACAGUUUCCCUGAUUUGGUCGGCAUGUACUAUGGUCUUCUCCGUUUCGACAAGGCUAGUGAGCGACUCGCGAAGGAUCUCGUGAUGCAAGUUCAAGCAUCGCUUGAGAAGGAUCUCAUGCAAUUGGAUUGGCUGGACGAAUAUUCUCGACAGGGCGCUCUUGAAAAAUUGGGCAAGAUGACCACCCUUAUCGGGUAUUCGAAUCGUUCCGAAAAUUUUCCGUACAAACUACACGGCGACGCACCACUUGCCGAGAACUUGCGGAUUAUUAACGAGCAUGCCUUUGAUCGAGCUAUGGAACGGAUCGAUCACCCGGUAAACCGCAACGCUUGGGAUAUCUCAGGCGCUGAAUCAAGUCUGUCCUACCGUCAAGAUGCAAACCAAAUUGCUGUUCCUGCUGGAAGUUUUCAAUCGCCAUCUUUUGGUCUGGACGAAGAGCCUGCGCGCAAUUUUGGGGCGAUUGGUAGAGUUUUUGCGAGCAUCCUCACGCAUGCUUUAGACGCCUACGGGAAACGCUUUGAUGGUGACGGCAACUUGAGAGACUGGUGGAGCAACAAAACAGCAACGGAGUUUUCACAGCGAGCCGAAUGCUUCGUGGAGCAAUAUAGUAAGUUCUCGGAGAGGAGCAGCGAGGAUCAGGACAAAUUGCUGGGUCACGUUGACGGUGAGCUCACUGUAAGAGGGAAUAUCGCGGACAGUGGCGGCCUGAAGUUGUCUUUCCAAGCGUAUCAGGCAUACGCUGCAAAGCAGACCAAGGCUCCGAGCAAGAUCGACGAAGGUAAAGCGACAACCGUUUCGCAGGGCCAGGCGGACCCUGGCUUACCUCCCGAUGUGGCUGACAAGCUUUUCUUCGUCUCAUUCGCCCAGAAUGAAUGCUCGAAGUGGACUGACGCCGCCAUGACCAAAAUCUUAGCCACAGAUUCGGUCUCGCCCGACCGGUGGCGCAUCAAUGGAGCUGCAGGCAACUCGCAUGACUUUGCUCGCAUUUUCUCGUGCCCUGCUGGCUCACUCAUGAACCCGACGAAGAAGUGUCAGAUAUGGUAG